CUCGCACUACCCCCACCCCCCUCUGCUCAAUCCGCAAACCCAAACCCCAAUUCUAACUUCUCCACAGGCCAAGUCAUGGUUCCCAAGCAAUCUUGGUGGAAGCUAAACCAAGAGAAGCUGGACAGAGUAUUCGAAUUCAUGGCUUCAGAACUUGAAGCCAGACAAGAAGCAAUUCGUGAGAAGGAAAAGCUACUGAAGGAAGAGGAAGAGAAAUGUAAGGCGAAGGAGGCUGAGGAGAAAGCACUGCGCAAACGCAAGGAGAGACAAGACUUCGAAGAACGGAUCGGAUCGAUCGUCGGCUCCAAGAUCAAUCAUGCUUGUGAGCUGUUUUGGGGGAGGUCUGACACGCAGAGACAUGUGUCAGCACCAGAUGCUUCUCGUAGAUCUCACAUAGAAGUCGAGCGUGAACGACUUGAGAAGCAGGUGGACACACUGCGUCGUGAGUAUGAGACCAUUAAGAAGAAUAUGGACGAGCUUUCUCGAACUGUUAAGCUGUCGGGGAAUACCUUGAAGAGGUCGGGUGCUGGAGUUUGCAUCGCCAGCCCACCUGAGGCUCCUGCUAGAGGCAAGGCGAAAGUGGUCGGCGUCGAGACUCCUACCUCCGAUGACUUCCAAGAGUUAUUGAAAGCAUUCCAUACUGUCAAGGAAGGGAAGCGAAUCGCUGAUAUGGAGGUGCAAGCACUUAGAGAAAGAUUUGAACGUGCGGUUUCGAAGCUGGUGAGUGUCCACAUCAUUGAUGAUGUUGCUUUGACUGUCGUCUUUCUUAUUAUUUUGCAGAUCUUUUGUGACAGUCUCUGCUCCUGCGUCUGCUUCUACUUUGUCGUUUUCAUGGAAUCACGCCUGGCUACUCGGGGGGCUCAAACUCCGGUGUCUUCUCAAGUGCGAUUGGGGGAGCCCUCCUGGUCCGCUGGGGGCGGGCAACAACUUCAGGGUCCCUCUAUCCGGCAGCCCUCUCUCCUUCUCAAUGCCAAUAUGGCUGCGCCUAAGCGAGCCCCUGCAGCGUCCCCCGCGCAGGUGCAGCAAGGCUCUUUGCAGAGGAGGGAAAAGGGAAGUGGCAGAAUGCAGCCUGCCACGCCUGCAGUGGCGAGCCCUGGGUCAGACCAGCGGCCGAGCAAGAGAGCUAAGGGAGGAAAAGGGGGUGCUGGGGGUAAAGGGAAGUCUGUGGCCGUUCCUUUUAUUGCGACUCUUGAUCUCGUGCCUCCUGCAUCUUAUCGGACUCCAUUGCAAAAAAUGGAAAGUGCGUUGGUGCAUCUACAUCCGAAGAAAUUAGGCGACAAGUCAAUCAGCCUUCCCAUGUCUUGUAUGACGAGGCCACCGGUUGACACUCGAGAUGGCAGACGCUCCAGCGAGAUAAGAGAGCCCAGAGAGUACCAAGUUAGGGUCCUCAUGACCUCUAUGGAGAGGGCGCCUUGUGGGGACCAUCUCCCAUUCGCUGGUAUGAUUGACCCUUCUCAGUGCACAUCUGUAGAUCAGGUUGACAAGGAGAAACUCAGGGAAGGGGGUUAUACUGUGUGGCUUAUUGGUGGUGGCCAUUCUCGAGAACCCCGCAGUAGGCUGAUGCUCAAACACCCCACCGUGGAUUUCUACAAGAGAUACACAUGCUACGUGUAUGUCGGCCUCACUGUGGAAGAGGUGAUUCUCGUCGGGCACGAGCACAACCAUGCUGCAGGGUUUCACAAGCAGCUCACAUUUGUUCAAAGAAUGCGCUGUUGGAGGCAGACUUUUGAGAAGUUGGGCAGUGACAAGACUCUGGAGGUCAAGAAGGCUUGCUUGGAGGCUUUUGGUCUGAAGGCAACCUGUUGGGACCAGGUAUCGAACUGGGAUCCUCAACUUCAAAUCUGCAUGCGGGGCGCUGAGGUCUAGGCUUUGAUGUCUGACUUUUUUUACCUUUGGGAGGAGGCAAAGAUAAAGGAUGUGAAGAUGA